UUGUCAAUGGCAAGUGUUUUGAAGAGCCGGAUUGAAAAUUCGUGUACGGAACGUAAACUGCAUAUGGCGGACGCUCAGUUUGUGUUUAUGUCAAUAAGAGACUGAUUUUCGGUGGAUUUUCGUUUUCGCGGGUGAGGAUUAAUUAAAAUCUAUAGAAAGAUUAUGUGCGAGUGAUGCCAGUGAAUUGUGUGUUUCAGUGAUAAUGUUUUACGUCACUGGACUGAAAAGCAACUUCAUAUCUUCAGUGGACUUAUAAGAGACAUUUAGUUGCUAACAGAGCGGGACCAAGAUGCUCUUCAAGACCGCAUCCGCGCAGCCCGGCGCCGGUAAGAUGCGAGAGAGGCGCCGCGCGCAGCACCGCACCGCCGCUCUGUUGACCGCCUGCCUCUUCUUCCUGUCUCAAGCCGACGCUGCUGACGUAGGGACCGAAGAGUCACUGGAGACACUGCCGCCCCUAGAGGUCACAGUGACAGAAGAGCCCCUGAUCGGGAUACCCCCGGUGAACGACUCUGCGAAUAUUUUUAUACGAUAUCUAACACAUCCGCCCGAGAUCACGAUAAGGCCGCGCAACCUGCAAGUCCGCGCGAACGGAAUCGCCGCCUUCUACUGCGCAGCAAGAGGCGACCCCAUACCCAACAUACAGUGGAGAAAGAACGGCAAACGAGUUUCUAGCAUGCAGUCCCGCUACCAGGUGUCGGGCAUGGAGUCCGCGGCCGGGCCCAACGCCAACGGGGCCGUGCUCCGCAUCGAGCCGGUGCGGGCUCAGCGAGACGACGCCACCUACGAGUGUGUUGCUGAGAACGGUGUAGGGGACGCGGUCACCGCGGUCGCUACCCUCACUGUGUUUGAAGCUGAUAAAGUUCCACCCGGUUUCCCUUCCAUCGCGCCUCCGCCCACCACUAUGGUGGUAGAAGUUGGGCACACAGCGACCCUGCCAUGCCAGGCCAGCGGCAACCCGUCGCCGCGCGUCCGUUGGCUGUGGAACUCUCUGCCGUUGGACGUCGCGUCCAACCCCCGAUACGCGUUGCUGAAUGACAAGAUGCAUGGUACACUACAAAUAGUGAAGAGCGAGGAGGAAGAUCAAGGGAAGUUCGAGUGCGUCGCCGAGAACGCCAUUGGCACCGAGUUUUCCAAACCAACGUCCUUGUAUGUCAAAGUUCGGAGAGUAGCGCCCCAGUUCUCGAUACCUCCUCCGGCUCGCACGGAAGUGAUGCUGGGCAGCAAUCUGACGCUCAAGUGUGUUGCUUUCGGGUCUCCCAUGCCUACUGUUAAAUGGAAGAAAGGUUUGACAAAAUGGCUGACUCCAGAAGACAACCCGCCCCUAGGGCUUAACACACUGAAGCUGGAAGACAUCAGGGAAUCUGCCAACUACACCUGCGAAGCGGCGAGUGUACUCGGCGUCAUAGAAACCACUGCCGAAGUUAAAGUACAGUCGCUGCCGGGACCACCGACUGAAGUGAGGGCAUCAGAAAUCACCGCUACCACAGUGCGACUGGCGUGGACGUACAGUGGACUUGAGGACCCCCAAUAUUACGUCAUUCAGUACAAGCCUAAAUAUGCGAAUCAGGCAUUCAGCGAGAUAUCGGGAGUCAUCACGCAAUACUACUCUGUGACGAACCUGUCGCCCUACACUGAAUACGAAAUGUAUGUGAUAGCGGUCAACAACAUCGGGAGAGGACCGCCUUCGUCGCCUGCGGUCAUCACCACGGGGGAAACUGUGGAUUCACUAUAUGGAGGUGCCAAACCCGGUUCAGCGCCUAGAAACGUUCAAGUUCGCCCAUUAAGUUCCAGUACCAUGGUGAUUCAAUGGGAUGAACCAGAAACGCCGAAUGGGCAAGUCACGGGCUACAAAAUCUACUAUACGUCGGAUCCAUCUCAGUCAUUGCAAUCGUGGCAUUCUCAAAUGAUGGACAACAACCACCUAACUACCAUCAGCGAGUUGACGCCGCACACGGUGUAUACGAUACGAGUGCAAGCAUUCACCUCAGUGGGUCCCGGGCCUAUAUCCGCGCCCGUGCAAGUCAAAACACAACAAGGUGUACCGUCACAACCAUCAAACCUAGUGGCAGUGGAAGCAGGAGAGACGUCUGUUACGCUCAACUGGAGGAGACCCGCGCACGCUGGCGACAACAUAGUAUCUUACGAGUUGUACUGGAAUGACACUUAUGCUAAGGAGCACCACAGAAAGCGGAUACCAAUAACAGAAUCGUACACCCUCAACGGCCUAUACCCAAACACGCUGUACUACAUCUGGCUGGCAGCGAGGUCUCAACGCGGCGAAGGAGCCACCACGCCACCGAUCGCCGUGCGCACCAAGCAAUACGUUCCCGGAGCGCCACCUAUGAAUGUGACUGCGGCUGCGAUUUCGCCGACGGCUAUUCGAGUGUCGUGGCAGCCGCCGCCCGCUGAACGGGCGAACGGAAGGAUCGCCUACUACAAACUGCUUUGCGUGGAAAGUGGGAGGGGGGACUCGGAAGCUACCGUGGUGAAGCUGAACCAGACGAGCUUCGUGCUGGACGAGCUGAGGCGGUGGACCGAAUACCGCAUCUGGGUACUGGCCGGCACCAGUGUGGGCGACGGCCCUGCCUCCUACCCAGUCACCGUUCGCACGCACGAAGACGUGCCAGGAGAGCCGCAAGAUGUGAAGGUUAACGCGAUCAACUCGACGUCGAUCCAUGUCACGUGGAAGCCGCCGCAGGAGAAAGAGAAAAAUGGCAUUAUUAGAGGAUAUCAUGUCCACGUUCAAGAACUUAGGGAAGAGGGAAAGGGUCUUCUCAAUGACCCAAUGCGCUUUAACGUAAUGGAUGACACAACUCUGGAGUUAAACAUAUCUGGCUUGCAACCGGAUACUCGGUAUAGUGUGCAAGUAGCGGCUCUCACUAGAAAAGGUGACGGUGAUCGCAGCGCGCCCGUAACUGUCAAAACUCCUGGUGGAGUUCCAAACCGACCGACUGUUAAUUUAAAAAUUUUGGAACGUGACCCAAUAGUAUCGAUUGAAAUAGAAUGGGCAAAACCAGCUCAAACCUACGGUGAUCUUUUAGGAUACAGAUUGAGAUACGGCAUCAAGGAUCAACCACUUGAAGAAGUUAAUUUUGCCGGAACCAAAGUUACCUCGCAUAGGAUUAAUGAUUUAGAAAGAGGAGUGCAAUAUGAGUUUAGAGUAGCUGGAAGGAAUCAGAUUGGGAUCGGUCAAGAAACUAUCAAGUAUUGGCUAACGCCAGAAGGCGCUCCGAAAGGACCUCCGAGUAACGUUACCUAUCAUUUCCAAACUCCAGACGUUAUUAGCGUUACGUGGGAACCACCAAUCAGAGCAGACAGAAGUGGCCAAAUAAAAAAGUAUGACGUCCAAUUUUAUAAGCGAGGAGACCAAUCAUCUCUGAUUGAGAAAACUACUGAGCACACAAAAGCAGUAUUUACCGGCUUAGAAGAAGACGCCCAUUAUGUGUUCAAAGUCAGGGCUUACACGGACCAAGGUGCCGGCCCGUAUAGUAAGGAUAUCAUGGCUCAUACUGAAAGGGACAUCGGUAGAGCGCCCAUGUCAGUCAAAGCCGUUGCAACGUCAGAAUCAAGUGUGGAAGUAUGGUGGGAGCCUGUUCCGUCGAGAAAGAAAAUAAUCGGUUAUGUUAUAUUUUUCACUAUGACUCCUGUUGAAGAUUUAGAUGAAUGGCAGCAAAAAACUGUUCAUGUAACACAUUCUGCUGAUUUGGAAAACCUGGAAAAGUUCGCCGAAUACGCUAUAGCAGUUGCGGCAAAGACUGCUGAUGGUUUAGGAAGGCUAUCGGAAAAAGUUACUGUUAAAGUCAAGCCCGAAGAAGUGCCUUUACAUCUUAGAGCUCAAGAUGUAUCCACCCAUUCUAUGACACUAUCGUGGUCUCCCCCGUUACGUUUGAAUCCAGAUAGCUAUAAGAUUUCGUAUAAUGCAAUAAAAGAAUUUGUUGAUUCCUUAGGAAUGACUCAAACUCAAGAGAUUCCAAAAAGAGAUAUUGUUGUUAAACAUGAUAUAACUUCGUAUUCAAUUAACGAUUUAUCGCCAUUUACUACGUACAAUGUGAAUAUAAGUGCCAUACCUAAUGAUAAGUCAUAUAGACCGCCUACCACGAUAACGGUGACUACUCAAAUGGCCGCACCUAAACCGAUGGUUAAACCAGACUUUUACGGUGUUGUCGACAAUGAAAUACUAGUAAUCCUACCUCAAGCCUCUGAAGAAUACGGACCCAUAUCACAUUAUUAUUUAGUUGUUGUACCAGAUGAUAAAGCACAUAACCAUAAAAACCCAGAUCAGUUCCUAACCGAAGAUUUAAUCAAAAAUAAUGCUCGGACAGAUGACGAGAAUGCACCGUAUAUAGCUGCCAAGUUUUUGCAAAGAAAUAUUCUUUAUACCUUCCAUCUUGGCAAUGACGAAAUGUACGAAGGUUUUCUAAAUAGAAAGUUAAAUCUAAAUAAGAAAUACAGAGUUUUUGUGAGAGCCGUCGUGGAUACUCCUCAAAAGCAUUUAUAUACAUCUAGUCCAUUCUCAGAAUAUUUAUCGCUAGAUAUGCGAGAAGCUCCACCAGGUGAAGAACCGAGGAGACCUGAUCCCAAAGAUAUUAAUGGCGAUCCUGAAAUUAGAAUAGAGGAGAACAGAAAAGAGGCUGGAAUGGUAUGGGUUAUUGGUCCAAUAAUAGCAGCGUUGAUGCUAUCGUUAUGUUUAGUAUUGUUAUUCAUUGUUAAAAGAAGAAGACAACCCUGUAAAACUCCCGAUCAAGCGGCUGUUACGCGACCUUUAAUGUCUGCAGAUAUUGGAUUUGGUGCGCCUUCCGAUCCAGUUGAAAUGAGGCGAUUAAACUUCCAAACACCAGCUAUGAUCUCUCAUCCACCGAUCCCAAUAUCAGAACUAUCUGAACAUAUUGAUAGGCUAAAAGCUAAUGACAACCUAAAAUUCUCUCAGGAGUAUGAGAGUAUAGAACCUGGUCAACAAUUCACAUGGGAUCACUCUAACAUGGAAGUUAAUAAGCCUAAGAACCGCUACGCCAAUGUUAUUGCAUACGACCACAGUCGCGUCAUUCUGCAACCAAUUGACGGAAUUCUUGGAAGCGAUUACAUUAAUGCCAACUAUUGUGAUGGUUACCGUAAACAUAAUGCAUACGUCGCCACUCAAGGGCCACUUCAAGAAACUUUUGCUGAUUUUUGGCGCAUGUGCUGGGAACUGAGAACCUCUACCAUAGUGAUGAUGACAAAGUUGGAAGAGAGGACGAGAAUUAAGUGCGAUCAAUACUGGCCAAGCCGAGGUAGCGAGUCGUAUGGUAUGAUGACGGUUACCAUCGCAGAAGUUCAAGAACUUGCCACUUAUUGUAUUAGAACAUUCCAAGUGACUAGAAACGGGGGAGCUGAGCGUCGAGAAAUCAAGCAACUUCAGUUCACUGCGUGGCCCGAUCACGGGGUACCCGAUCAUCCAGCUCCUUUCUUACAAUUUCUACGUCGUGUUCGUGCUUUGAACCCUCCUGACGCCGGUCCUUUAGUCGUGCACUGCUCUGCUGGAGUCGGGCGUACGGGAUGCUUUAUUGUUAUCGAUUCUAUGCUCGAAAGAGCCAGACACGAACGCACUGUAGAUAUUUACGGCCACGUGACCUGUUUACGAGCCCAACGAAACUACAUGGUGCAAACCGAAGACCAGUACAUAUUUAUCCAUGAUGCCUUACUCGAAGCUGUUAUUUGCGGAGACACCGAAGUGCCGGCUCGUAAUUUGCAUUCGCACAUUCAGAAGCUGAUGCGAAUCGAUACGAUUGAGAAUAUAACCGGAAUGGAAUUGGAAUUUAAAAAGCUCGCUAAUAUGAAAGCCGAUUCUAGCCGAUUUGUGUCCGCAAGCUUGCCGUGCAAUAAACAUAAGAACAGACUGGUGCACAUCUUGCCAUACGAGUCUACCCGAGUCUGCUUGACUCCAAGGGAUGGCUCUGAUUAUAUCAAUGCGUCGUUCGUUGAUGGAUACAGAUAUAGGGCCGCCUACAUUGCCACUCAAGGCCCCUUGCCUGAUACGACAGAUGAUUUCUGGCGAAUGCUUUGGGAGCACAAUUCGACCAUCAUCGUUAUGCUUACUAAAUUGAAAGAGAUGGGCAGAGAAAAAUGUCACCAAUAUUGGCCUUCGGACCGCUCUGUUCGAUACCAGUGCUUUGUCGUUGACCCUAUCGCUGAGUACAAUAUGCCACAGUACAUCUUGAGAGAAUUCAAGGUCACAGACGCUCGCGACGGGGCCUCGAGGACGGUCCGUCAGUUCCAAUUCACGGACUGGCCUGAACAAGGCGUGCCUAAGAGCGGUGAGGGCUUCAUCGACUUCCUCGGACAAGUCCACAAGACUAAAGAACAGUUUGGACAGGACGGUCCUAUCACUGUACACUGCAGUGCUGGUGUGGGCCGUACGGGCGUGUUCAUAACGCUGUCGACGGUGCUCGAGCGCAUGCAGUACGAGGGCGUAGUGGACGUGUUCCAGACCGUACGCACGCUGCGCACGCAACGCCCCGCCAUGGUGCAAACUGAGGACCAGUACGAAUUCUGCUACCGCGCUGCGCUGGAGUACCUCGGAUCGUUCGACCACUACGCCAACUGACGCUGAGACAUACUCGUCUAAACUAACCCUUAGAAAACCCUGCCGUGUAUGCAUAUCGCCUUAGAGAAACAAUUGUCUAUGAUCCUUUAACAUGAAAGCAUGUUGUUAAUCUGUGUAAAUGUGACAGAUCGUUCGUAUUUUAAAUUUUAGAAGGGUAGGUAACUCUAAAACAUAAGCCAAAUUAAAAUUGCCUUAAAAAUUGAUGACUAUUGUUGUUGAAUUGGAAGCAAUUGUAAUUUUUUUCAUUUGACCUACCAAUUACUUUCUAUUCAAACUUAUGAACUAUACAAUACAAAUUACACUUAAUUAGUUAUAAACUUUAGCUGUGUAACUCAUUUAAUACACAAUAAGUUAUAAUUUAGCUGUCUAAUUUCAUCCUAAAAAUAUGCAUAAAAAAUAUACAGUUGAUAUCUGAUAUCAUGACAUAUCCCUUGUAGUCCAUCAAAAAAAACUUAAAUUAAAAAGAACUAUGAUGCCUAUUCUUCAUAGUGUUUUUUAUACAGUUUUAACAACACGCAAGUUGUUUGUAUACAACAGUUUGCUUUUAAGACCUAUAGUUAAACCACUGUUGAUACCUUACACUUUUAAUAUAGUAAGUACAUCAUUAAUUUAAUUACCUACUUAUAUUACUUUAAUAUUGAUUUAAUAUAAUAAUAAUAAUCAAAACAGUUUGAUUUGUUUUUUCAGUUUUGCAUAAAAGUUUUGUGUAUAGACUUAUUAUAGUGGCAUUUACUGAUGGAAUUGAUGUGAAACGCACUUUUCUAAAAUUUAAUUGAGAGUGGUCUAAUGGGUCUUAGAUUACAUAUAAAUUGCCAACUUUGUUAUUAUUUUGAGAUUUCAGCAUCUUUUUGAACCGAAAUAAUCAUAAUGACGUGUUGAUGAUAAUAACAUUGAUGUAUAAUAAAGAUUAAAACGCCAUUUUAACAUAGUUGUCAAUUUCUAAAUGAACAUUACUUAUCUGAAAAUGUAAUUCCUUUUAAAAAAUAUUAAUCAUAGCUAAAUAAUAUAUUUAGAAAAAACGGCAGGGUUAAAGUUACAAAAAGGAGCAGUUUUUCUCAAACUGAUUAUUUAUAACCCACAUUUGUUCACAAAAUGUUGUAUACCUUAUGAGGCUAUCACGUACCAGUGCCUAGGAAAAGUUACUUAUGAUGUAUAUUUACGAAUGCGACCAGUUGCAAACAUGAUUGUGAAUCGGAAGGGUAAAUAUCUUUAAUGAACUCUUUAUUGAAUAACCCUAUAUCUAACUACCAUAGAUAAAAAAGAACUUUUAAGCAGACUGCACAUUACACCAUCAAACGCAACUUACCUAUUUAUCAGUACGUUAAAAUGCAGAUGACAUUAACAGCAUACGCCUUAUUUUCACCGCUUGCGGAUGAUAACAUUAUUUGGAUUUUAAUUGAGUCAACAAAAAAUACGUUGCUUACGGCGGUGCACGUAUUGUUUAGUAGUAAUGUGCAUUCAGCUUUAUCUUACUACCAUAGAUAAAAAAGGAACUUUUAUGCGCUGAUUUUCGUGCUAUUUUUUAAAUAUGGAACAUUAUAAACGUUGUAUCAAUUAAAAAUUAAAACUUCGAUACAUUUAAAAUACAGAAGAAAAAAAAAUUUCGUGAUGGCAAAGUAUAUAAAAAUUAACCAUUUAAUUAAUUUGUGCAACCCGAAUACACAAUUUAGCAACAUACAUAUAACAUGUAAUUAUAAGCCAAGAGCUGGUGGACUACUUUUCCAGGUUUUUAUACCGCUCCAUGUAUUAUUUUUAAAACUUAAACGUACAAAAUGUACGAAUAUUUUUUUUUAUACCUAUACAAUUUGGAUCGGCUAUAAAAGCUUUGAAGAAUUCGUGCACUAGUCCUGGUAAAUUAGAAUUGAAUCAGUGCGCUUAGAGGACGUUAUGCGACAAUUAUCAUAAUAUUUUACUCUGAUCAUCACAUAAUAAUAUAUCUUAUAUGACAUUAUAUUGUAAAAGUGUAUAAAUAGUUAUUGCAGCUGUAAUUAGAAGUUUAUUUUUCAUAUCGGGUGUUAAAUACGUUUAGUAGUGUAAAUUUUGUGGUAAAAAACAUGUUUCAUUAAUGCAAUAUAACAAACUUUUUAGGACGAAUCGGCUGUGUCGUGUGAAAUUCUGUCAUGUGCGUAGUAGGUAUGUAAUUUUAUGUAAAUAGCUCUGAUUUUACACUUUGAUUUGCGUAAAAGAAUAUUUACCUAUUUCUCUUGUCCAUUCCGUGUUACCUUUACUUUUUAAAAUCAUCCCUAAAUAGAAUUCGCCAUAAAAAUGGACCAAUGUGUUUACUAUCAACAAUUAUUUCGUGUCAAUUCAAGGCCGAAGAAAUUUAUCGUAGGUAAAUAAUUCAAAUGCAUAUUUAACAAAACUUUCAUGAUUUGUAAAAAGUUGAUAGUAGGCCGUUGAGUUUCUCAGCUAAGCAUUUUUACUGUUUUUAUUUACAUAAAUAGAUUAAGGAAAUAUUUUUUAACAUCACUGCCCACAUUAGUGAAGACGGUGAUUCGAUGACAUAUCUAUUUGUUAGGUAGAAAAAAAAUGUUUUGUCGGUGUGUUGUAAUGUUUUAAUGAAAUUGUAAGGAGAUGAUUCGAAUAUGAAUCGAAUCUAAACUAUUAGAAUGGUGUAUUCGAAUAAACUUAUCGAUGAUGCCUAGUAAAAGGAAUUCUGAGUCACAUUUAUAGACAAAAGAAUUUUUAAUACCCAUUUAUAACGGUUUGAUUAUUUUUGUCUUUCUAAAAACAAAAGUGCAUCGUACUAAGAAAAAAAUGCGAUUGCCUUAGGUAUCUAUCUAUUUAAUUAGUUAAAUAAAUCUUGCGCAUAUUAUUUUUUUCGGCUAUGACACCCUUCAUACUAUUUUAAGCUAUCUUUAAGUGUAGGAUUGUUUAACCUUUUACAAUAACCCUUUGCCCAGUAUCGUAUUAAGGUUAUUAGGUUUUCCACUCGUUUUAUACAAUCUAUACCUUAUAUCAAUCUACGUGUAAGUUAAAGUUGAGCUUUUAACUUAGAUUUAUGAACAUAAUAUGAUGCGUUCUACGAAAUUUGAAGAAAGAUCUUUUAAAUUUGUCCGACAGGUACACCAUAAACAAAACGGUAUUACCUAUUUUGUGUAGAUAUUUGAAAAUUAGAAUCCUGUAUCAUUAUCACAAACAAUUAUGAUUUAUCAUUUGCAUUUUCUCGGUUUAGGCAAAUACGAAUCAACUGUACAACUGUAAACAUGACACAGUGUUAACUGUCACGAACCGAUUCUAUAUUUAUUCGUUUUGUCUAUGGCGUAGGGACAUUUUUAAUUGAUCGGUUAACACGGUCGACGUCAACUGCCAAUCGUUCAUGUAGUUAUAAUAAAACUUAAGAUGUAUCGAUAAUCGAAAACGUAGGUUUUAAUGGAAAUUAUUGUUAAAUUGAGGUUAUAGUGAAAAUUUAAUACUCGUUGAUGAAUCGCUUAUGUAACCAGGUUUGCUUACACGUUAGAGGAAAUAUACUCCAAGAGUCCAUAAGUAAAUUGAGGGAGGUAUUUUAUCUAGAAGGUAUUCCUCUUUCAUUGAAUACCUCCUUUAAGUCAUGACAUGGACUCUUAGUCUAUAAAUUGAGAGAGGUUCAUGCUUACAUUUUUCUUUCAGCCUCUUAAGCUUUUACAGCACUUUUAAAAUAAAUAUCUGUCAUACCUUAAUAUGUGAUACUAAAAUUUGAUUUACCGAUUUUUUUACAAACUUUAUUUAUUAUAAUUGUUAUACUUUACGUAAAAUGUGCCACACAUAUUUUUUUAAUUUGUUGUAAAUGCCAUUUUCGUGUUCAUACAUUUAAAGAACUACUUAAUUUGCUUUUUUUAAUCUAUUUUAUGGUAAAACAUGUAUUAUGAACCAUAUUAAUUAGUGUGGAAUAUUUGUUUGUGUCUUUAUUAUUUCUUUACAACUAUGUGUGAAUUAAAUCGGGAAAUCCUUAUUUUUCGUUUUUAUGUAAAAACUUAACACGAAAAAAUGUUCGCACACUACCGAUCUGUAAAAUAAUUACAUAGAAAUCCAUCAUUCUUUUUAGUUUUUUAUUCAUGUUGUGUAGAAUAUCAAUAAUCAGCAGUGCAAUUAUUAUUAUAAAAAUGUUAGGUACGUAUCACCAAUACUGCAAAGAAUAACUGUGUUGCAAGUAGGAAAUAUUGAAAGAAAUAAUAGUAAUACUUUUUAGCUAGAUAACGUUAUUUUUCUACAAUUUGUAGACAGUGUUCAUAAUAAAAUGUAAUUCUUAAGUGUGAAUUUUCCUUAGGUCGUGAUUUGAUACAGUAUUGGUCAUACGAAUACUAAACCAAAACCAUUUUGCCAUAAAGAGGUGCUGUAUGUAUGUAAUUCCAUUUUUAGUACAAAAUAAUGUGUUAAAAGCAAAUCAAGUUCGUAUCCAAUGUUAAGUUGUAUGUAUGUAAAAGACUGAUUUACUACGUUUUUCCAUGUGUUCUUUAUUAAUUUUAUUAUGUAAUUUUUGUCUCCUAUGCAGCUAGAUACUAUAUUAUGGACUAUAAUGAUGAUUUUAAUACAGAUUUUGUAAUUGUAAUUUUUUUAUUAGUAAGUACCUAUUAUGUUUAAGUAAUUUUGACAAAGUGUCUGGAUGAGUGGGGAACCAAAAUUAUUGAUUUUUCCAUAUGAUGAAUUAACCUAAACAGUGUUAUAGGAAGAUUAUUUUUGCCAAAAAUAAUGUUAAAAACAAAAAUGUAGGUAAUGUAUUUUUAUAAAACAAUAAGAAAUUAAUAAAAUCGACAAAUAUAUUUAAACGAGAUGUUUACUUUUCGAAAAUAAUAAUUUUAGUUCCCCCAGAUGUAAUUAACUUAAAAAUGUACAUGUUAAAUUGCAUUAUUUUUAAUGUAUUCAAUGUUGCAAUCCGUAAUCAAGUAGCCGCCUUGCAUUUUGUAUAUUUUGAAUUGCUAAUGUUGGUACGGUGUUGCCAUAGCUUAAAUAUAUUUUAAUGCAAAAAUUAAAAUGGCGGACGCAAUAUGGCGGGACGGUGUGUGAAUGUAUUUAGUAGGAGUUCGUAGACGAUGAUUAUUUUAUAAAAAGAAAUAAAUUUUCCCGCGCUGCGUCUCGGGACAUGGUGGAUUCGCAAAAUUAUACAUAAUGUAUAUGAAGAAAUAAAUUUAUGUGAGGCGAUAUACUUAA